AUGAUUGAUGUUUUACAAACUUCUAAAGAUUUUCAGACUGAUAGACACAUUUUGGGCUUAUGUAUUUCCCCAAAUAUGUUAAUUUUACAAAAAUUUGUUGAAGAAAUAGAUUUAACAGAGUAUUUAAUAGAUACUUUGAACAAAACACAAACCACACAUCGAUAUGUAUUCGGAAGUAUCAUGCAAAUUAUGUUAAAAGCGUUUGAUACAUGGCCAGAAGAUUUAAUUGGAAUUUUUUCAAAGUCAUUAACGAUAUUACCAACAAUAACGAACUCUCUACAGUAUCCUGCAGUGUUCCAUUUUGCUUCCAGGUUCGUUCCUCGUUUAAAUAAUGAUAUUACAUUUAUUUGGACAGUUUAUGCCUCAUUAAUGGACGAACAUGGUACAGGCAAUAUCUAUCCGCACGAUAUCAACCAAGAAACUGCCAAGAAAAUGACAUUUCCAAGGUUAAAUCCAAUCCAACGUCAAAAAGCCCUCGAAGUGCUAUGUAUUUACUUCAACGAGUUCGGAAAUCGAUCAGAGUUAUUCUAUCUUGUGUCAAAAGCCCUUCCUCUCAUACUACAAGACGCAUCUGACGAUCUAGAAAGAGCUAUCGUACUAAGACUUGGUUUAAACAUUGAACCCAAUGAGGCAUUAGGAUAUUCAGUACUUUCUGUGAUAAAUUGUUUCAAAUCUUCUGAUAUUUUAGUUCAAUAUUCUCUUUUAUACGUUGCAGCGUGGAAUGUAAUGAUCGGAAACAAGUAUAUAGAGUUUUUCGUGUACAGAUUGCUCAAAAGACCUGCAAAUAACUUUGUUUUGAUCGCAUGUGCCGCAAUGAUUCGGAGUGUUCUAGAAGUUGAUCGUUCUAAUACAGAAUUAUCGAGAAAUUUGAUUCAAAUUAUCGAUAACGCGUUUCUGAAUAAUCCUUAUACGAAAUCUAACAUGAUGCAAGCUUUUAGAACAGAAUUAGCUGUUGCGGCGAGUGGUGCUGAGUUAGAUCCUGAAUCUCCUUAUUGCGCGAAGUUGUUACAGCAUCCGAAAAAGAUAGAAUCAGAAAUUAAUCAAAAUUUGAUAGCAGAAUUCCAAAUUACUGACCAGAAGAUAUUACAGAAUAAUGAUUUGUUUGUUCCUGAGUUCAAUGUCCGCAAUUUAUGGAAGAAUCAAGAAACAAGUUCGAAAAUGACUUCUUUAUUCAAGACAAUUACAAGAUUACCGCAUCUUCCAUCUGUAUCUCCAAUAGGAAGACCAUUACCAUCCCCUGCAGUGCAAUCUCCUUUGAAAACAAGCGGCGCUUUCACGAAAAAGUCAAAUUCACAGCCAAUUUACAUUCCAAAGAGAGUUUCUCAUUCAGAUGAUGAAGAGAAAAUAGAUGAUGAAGACGAAACAGCCGAAUUCCAUACUUUAGACCCUCCUCCGAGGAAACCAUUAGUUAUUACAGGAAAUCUCAAACCUCCUACAGCAUUUGUCAUUGAGAAUGACGAAGAAUUCGAAGAGGAAGAGGAGAUAAUCUUCGAAUUGCCUGAAGUAGAGGUAAAUGAGUCACUUUCGACUUUAUCAAAAUUAUCAAAUGAAUAUCCAAACGCCGAUGAACCAAUUCCUACCGAAGAACUUGCUAAAGGUCAAAAGCCAAUACCAAAGAUCAACCCCGAAUCACCAAGAACAGGAAAACCCCUGUUUCUCAGAGAAAAUUUGUUUAAUGACGAUAAAAAACCUGAGAAACCACCACCAAUCAUCAUUCCAACAACUCCUCCUCGCAUUUCAAACGAUCCUCUCCUUCAAGAUUCUCCAAAUCAGAAAAAUACCAAAAAUACCAAAAUUAAUCUUGAAGAAAAUGAAGAAGAAAUGGAAUACGAGUACGAAUACGAGUAUGUUGAUGAAUCUCCUGAGAAGAUUUCUCCAGAAAAAAAGAAGAUUUUGAAAGAUCCGGAAUUAGUCGAAUUAGAACUCGACAAUUUUGAAGAAACACAAUCUCCCGCGAAGAAGAAGGUUCAUAAAUCUCCUUCCAAGCAAAAAGAGCUUCUUUUGCAAUUAGAUUUGAACAAUGUCGAUGAAAUGCCAGUUCCGAAACCAAAAGUUGUUAUGCACAGAAGAGUUUUGAUUAUAGAAGUCCCUGAAAGGAAACCUUCGAAACUUUUCAUCCAACAAAAUUUGGUUGUUGAAAGACCUGAAAUUAUUUCGAUUUCUCCGAAGAAAUUGGAGAUUUCGCAGACUCCGAGAGUUUUCUGCAAUUAUGAUGAUACUCAAGUGAUGGAAGAGGAACAUGUCGAAAUAGAUAACGAGCACUUUAUCGAAGAUAUAAUUACUUUUUAA